GGCAUCUUUUAAAUAGCAACAAUGCACGACGCUUACGAGGAGAUGUCCGUGUUAAACAUCACGGUGCAAAUCGAGUCUAUGGCUGCUUAUGAUGACAAUCUAUUGAUAGGCACAAGAGAAGGUCAUCUCCUUAUGUACAAUGUACCGUCAGUGUUUGACGAUAGCCAUAAGUUAGAAUUAUUAAGACACAGUAAGAAUUUCAACAAAAAACGAAUCAAUCAGAUAGACGUAGUGCCGGAAUACAAUUUAUUAAUCAUCCUGACAGAUAAUAUUGUGUGCAUUCACGACUUAAAUUCGCCAAACUUCCAACAAAUCUGUCAAUUACAAAAGACCAGAGGUGCUACUCUAUUUACCUUAGAUGUUCAGGCAACUGAGAGCCUAACAGGUGAAAAGAACACCGUAGUACGCUUAUGUGUUGCUAUCAAACGUAAAUUACAGCUAUAUUACUGGAAAGGAAAGAAAUUUGAAGAAUUUAAAGACUUUGAGAUGACUGUACCUGAUAUACCACGGCAAUUAUCAUGGUGCGGUGAAGCAUUGAUAUUAGGAUUCCGUGGCUUGUCCUACACCAUUUAUGAUUUAGAUGGUAAAGCUAAAGAACUCUUUCCCACUGGUAAAUCUCCGGAGCCAAGUGUCACAAAAUUAUCAGAUAGUUCAUUUGUAUUGGGAAAAGAUUCCCAGUCGUUCAUCAUGGACACGAAAGGAGAGCUCGUUCAGCAUAAUCCUGUCAAAUGGUCCGACACACCUGGUGUAAUAGCAUGGGAUGAUCCUUAUCUGCUCGGCAUUGUGCACGACAAAUUGGAGGUGUACACGUUGGAGGGAUGCCUGCAUAUUCAAACGAUCAAGGAUCUGAAUAAAGCUAGACUCAUAUUCCGAUGUAAACAAGGGAAGGUUUUUGUAGCGUCCAUCAGUCAGAUUUGGUGCGUCAAGGCAAUCGACGUUACCUUGCAAAUCAGGACUUUGCUGGAGCAAAAUCAAUUUCAGCUGGCGUUAAAAUUAACCAGUCUGUCGGACAUAACGGACGAAGAGAAAUCCAAACAGAUCUACAAAAUCCAAACGUUAUACGCACAUCAUCUGUUCUACAACAAGCGGUUUCAAGAAGCGAUGGACUUGUUCCUAAAACUGGGGACCGAUCCGUACGAGGUGAUCAGGCUGUUCCCGGACUUGGUUACACCGUCGACCAACACACACGAACUCAGCGAUCCGGCACCGAGCCUGCCGAAGUUGCAAGAUCACGAUUUGGAGAAGGGUUUACGCGCGUUGAUAGUUUUCCUGACUGAAGUCAGGCACAAGUUGAUGGCGAAGGACAAAGAGCUUAAUAAGGAGAAGAACGGAUUAAACGGAGAGAAGAAUAUAACCGCCGUGGCGACAGAGCAGCUUCUAAAGAUUAUAGAUACCACUCUAUUGAAGUGCUAUUUGCAGACUACCGAUGCUCUGGUAGCGCCUCUACUCAGAUUGAAUCACUGUCACUUGGCGGAGGCUGAGAAAACCUUGUUGAUGCACCAGAAGUAUCCAGAGCUCAUUAUAUUGUAUCAGACUAAAGGUCAGCACAAGAAGGCGCUGGAGCUGCUGGAGAAGCACGCGAAGGAAUACGAUUCUAGUCUGAAGGGCACCGAACGUACGAUACAGUAUUUGCAACAUCUCGGCAAGGAUCACAUGGAUUUAAUCCUGAAGUUUGCCGGAUGGGUUUUGACGGAAGAUCCCGAACAGGGCCUCAGGAUAUUUAUGGAGGACAUACAGGAGGUCGAACAUUUGCCCAGACCAAAGAUACUGGAUUUCCUUUUACGGUGCCACAAGGACUUGGUGAUACAGUAUCUCGAGCAUGUGGUGCACGUAUGGGAAGAUACCAAUCCGUUGUUUCACAACGUUUUAAUACACCAAUACAAGGAAAAGUGUCUGGCCUCGAUGGACGCGAACGCGACGCCGGCGGAAAAGGAAGCGUCGCAACACAUCCGACAGAAGUUGCAACAAUUCCUGGAAAAAUCGGCGUAUUACACGCCGGAAACAAUACUGGUGCACUUCCCGUUCGACAGUUUGUUCGAGGAGCGUGCGAUUAUACUCGGUCGACUUGGUCGUCAUCAGCAAGCUAUAUCCAUAUACAUUAGUCUCUUAAACGACAUACCGCGUGCAAUACAAUACUGUCACAAUGUAUAUACAAGGUACCAAAAAAUUCUACUUCAAGAUCAAAAUCGUGCGGACAAGCAGAAGCAAACAGAUAACGCCGAUGAGGUUUAUGUUCUGCUGAUUCAGCAAUUACUGAAGCCUGAUAAUGAAGGAGUUCUAAUGGCCGGUUGUCACACGGAAAUUCAAAGAAUGGCGCAACCAGAUUUAGAGAUGGCCCUCCAACUGCUAGAAGAACACGCUUCCGAAAUAAAUCCCAUGAAAGCCUUAGAAGUGUUGCCAGAUUCCGUACCUAUCGGCAGAAUAAGACGCUUCCUGGAGGUUAGCCUACAGAAUAACUUGAACACAAGACGAAAAAUGCAGGUUCUCAAAGGGCUACUGUAUGCAGAGCAUUUACAAGUGCAAGAGCAACGGAUGCACUAUGAAUCGCAAAACGUCCUCAUGACAGAAUUCAAUAUAUGCCCAGUUUGUAAAAAACGAUUUGGUAAUCAGAGCGCUUUUGCGAGAUACCCCAAUGGGGACAUAGUGCAUUACUCUUGUCAAGAUCGCAAAGGAUAGAAACACAAUUAUCUUGUAAUUGCGUAAUAAAAAUAUCUAUCUCAUAUAUACGUAUAUCGUCGGAAGCUGUACAUAUUGAAUAUAUAUGUAUUUUACAUACGGAUUUCGCAUAUCUCGACAUAUUACACAUUAUAUGUUAUGCGAAUUUCGAGAAUUAUCCCUCCCAAUAAAACUACUUCCUGAAGAGUUUUCAGGUCGACUUAUUUCUUUUUUUAUA